UCUCUCUCUCUCUCUCUCUCUCGACGUUGAGCUUUCGCCGGCUUCCACCGCCAAGGCACGAGCUUUCUCAUCGCGUUUGCAGAUUACAUAGACAAUCUUGAUCUUCUUGCCUGUUUUGAUGUCGACCAAUUUUUAGCUGAAGCUGUAGGGCGCGCAGAAAUCGGAACACUCGCUCGCUCGUUGCCACCUCGAUUUGUUCUACCUGGAUUUCGUAGCCAUCUUAUUUUAAUCUCUUAAAUCUCGGAAGAAUAUAUCUUGAUGGACCUAUUGUGAUGACUUGGAGUACAUACCAUUAGGAGAAAAAGUGAUUUAGAGAUGGAAGAUGCCGAAAAGCUACCCAGUGGUUCGGGAAACAAUGUUCCUGAGUCAAAAAGUGAAGCCGUGAACGCUAAUGUUGAAAGCAAAAAAGAGAAUUUUACUGUAUCGGGCAAUGUAAUCGAAAUGGAGAACGUCAGAGAAGAUGUAAAUACAUGUUUAAAUGAAGAAAAGGACAACAACUGUAAUAACAAGGUGAACGAAGAAAGUAAUCACAAUACUGUGACCAAUGAGGAAGGGUCUGUUCAUGAAGAAAUCAGUACCAAAAGUGGGAAUGUUGAGAAAAUAAACGCUGAUGCAAAAGAUGGGCCGAAUGGUUGUGGUUCAGUGGAAAAACAAAUAGAUAUUGAGACUGGAGUGGUUGAACAAAAAUUUGCUAAUUGUGGGUUGCAAGAGAACCCAAAGGAGAAGGAGAUGGACAAUGAAAAUCAUGUGAAGGAUGUGGUAGAAAAACCUGAUGAAGAUGUUAAAGAGAAAAAUCCUGAAAAAAUCUGCGAGCUGAACUCGGAUGGUGCUGAAUGUGUUUCAUUAGAAGAAAAGACAAUGGAGACUGCUCAUGUGGACCAUGCGAAACUUUCUUCAAAUGAACCCCCUCAAAGGCAGGAAAUGGAGCUUGACAAUGUUCAGCACGUUGAGGAUGUGGAAAUGAAUGAUGCUGCUAGUUUGGAUAAAGAUGAAUCAGACCAAGAUAGUCUGAUGGGGCAAGGUAUGGAAACAGCUCUUCCUACUGAAACUGAUGGGGAUGACCGGACUGCUGUAGUUGCUGCUACACAUGAAGGGGAUGAUGCUUUGCGUCUGAACGAGCGUGAAGCUGCAAGAAUAGAUUCCCUUGGCGUAAAUUCUCCUGAAAAGGUUGAAGACAUGAGUGGAGAAACCUUCAAGUCUUUUUCUACUCAAUCAACACUGCCUUGGAUGGGAGAAGGCGAUGAUGGAACACUGGAGGAUCAAAUUGCAUUCAUGAAGGAACUUGAGAGUUUUCACAGGGAGAAGGCACUAGACUUCAAACCUCCCAAAUUUUACGGGCAGCCGCUAAAUUGCCUAAAGUUAUGGAGGGCCGUGAUUAAGUUGGGAGGCUACGACACGGUAACUGGAGCCAAAUUGUGGAGACAGGUUGGAGAAUCAUUUCAUCCACCAAAAACUUGUACUACAGUUUCUUGGACGUUCCGCAUUUUCUAUGAGAAGUCUCUUCUGGAAUAUGAAAAGCAUAAGAUACGAAUUGGUGAGCUUCGACUUCCCAUACCAACAGCCCCUGAAGCUUCUGGUGUUGAUGCUGAGGGAAGUGGUUAUCAGGGUUCAGGAUCAGGAAAGGCUAGAAGAGAUGCUGCUGCUCGUGGUCAACGUAUUUCUGGUAGUGAGGACAAGAAUGUGAGCAAUACGGCCAAACGUGAGAAGAUUAUAAAAAGUAUCGGCUCUCUUAAACAGAAACGACCAAAUGAAACAGAGCAUUCAAAUAAAGUUGCCAGAAGUGGUACACCUAAGCAACUGGUGCAGUCAGUUGUUGAUGUUGGGCCUCCAGCGGACUGGGUGAAGAUUAAUGUUCGCCAAACUAAAGAUUGUUUUGAGGUCUAUGCUCUAGUUCCUGGGCUUUUACGUGAAGAGGUGAUAACCUUACCGGCAAAAAUCGACACACUUCAGACUUCAGCCGUGGUUAGCUUGCAUGGACGUCUCUUUGUCCGGGCUCCUUUCGAGCAGUCUAAAUAAAUUAAAUUUGAUGGCACACCUCCUUCAAAUUAGAAUAUAUUUUGGAAGGAAGUUAUAAUGAGUCUUGUGAAUGUUCAAGCUUUNUGAUAGAGGUUUGAAGCUCUUCCUAAGUUUAGAUCAAGUUAUUUAGUGAAAAACACUGUGGAGGUUUUUCUUCAGCUUUGGCUGUCUCUGAUAAAAUGUAAGAUGGAUCUGGAUUUUUGGUUUAAUUAUUUAUUCUUUUAGAGAGCGAA